GGCAACCAAAACCGAGCAACAGAGUAUGUGGGGUCCAUUUUAAUGUUACAGGCCAAAGGGCCUACGAGGAUGUUCUUCCAAGGUUUUUCCCAUCAAAAACAUACCCACCCUGGACAAAAGAAACUCAUCGUUCUGCAAAAAGACAGAAACAGCAACAUGAGCCCACACCACCUUGUGGAGAACAGCCAACAGAGGAGCUGGUAUUCCUGCCUGAACUGGAUGUGGCCAGCGUGGUGACCUUGGGUGCCCCAGCCUUGUUGUCUGAACAAGUUGCCACUGAAGAGCAGUGCCCCUCAAAGACUCAGCAUAUGGAUCACCCUUACAGUGUUGCCCAAACAAGCCCCCGUAAAGCAGUCUCUGAGCAGAAGCUACUUGCUGCUUCGCUGCUGGAGUCAACGAACCAACUUCACAGGGAAGUUCAAGAACUUGCAGCACGUAACACAGACCUCCAGGACAGAGAAAAGCACUUGGAGAGAAAGCUUGCUCACAUGCAAGCUGAAAGACUUCGGGCACCUCAGCUACCUGACACAACAAAGUCGCAGGAAAUGUUAGCUGAUGCCAAAAUGUUGAGAUUCUACACAGGCUUUCAAUCUGCGCAGAGAUACAUGCUGUUCAUUAAGUUUGUAGAAGAUGGGUUAUCAGCUUAUCAAGAUGUAACGGGUCAAGGUAUUCCAUGUGUAAUGCACAUGAUGGACCAAGUGACACUCGUGCUCAUGAGGUUCAGAUUGAACCUUCCUGAUCAAGAUCUUGCGUACAGGUUUGGCACGAGUUUGACCAGUGUAAGCCGCAUCUUUUCAUUUUGGACUGAAUUUCUAGCGGCUUACCUCGGACGGGUGCCUCACUGGCCCAGUCGUGAAAUCGUCAAAAGAUUCAUGCCUCAGGUGUUUAAAGAUACCUAUCCAACUACAAGAGUUAUCUUAGACUGCACAGAAAUAUUCAUAGAAACCCCUAGUGAUUACACUGUGCAGAGUGCCACUUAUUCAGCGUACAAAGGUCAGAAUACAGCAAAAGGACUUGUUGGUAUAUCUCCAAACGGCAUGGUGACUUUUGUUGCUGACCUUGCUCCAGGAAGGCUUUCUGAUAAAGAGAUAACACGGUGCAGUGGUCUGUACAAAAAGCUGGAGCAAGGCGACUCAGUAAUGGCUGAUAGAGGAUUUUUGAUUGAAGAUGAUCUUACUGAGCUUGGCGUGUCACUAAAUAUUCCGCCGUUUAUGAAAGGAAAAUCCCAGCUGUCAUUACAGGAUGAACAAGAGACGAGAAAAAUUGCUAAAGUCAGGAUUCAUGUUGAACGUGUGAUUGGCCAACUGAAGACUUUCAAAGUUCUUAAAGGGCCCCUCACCAGCUGGCUGGUCAAGUUUAUUCGGUUCAUAUCCGGCCUCCUCAAUCACCGCAACUAA